GCAAAGUUUGCAUUUAAACAACUUGAGUUUUACCCCUAAGCAUGCCUGCAGUCUUCCUCUCGCACCAAACAGUGUAACUAUAUUUUAUUACGAUCAUCCAGAAGGAAUCCGGACUGGGACGACUCGCCUGCGGGAAUUUUGCUUGUCACGGGAGACCGACGAGAAUCAUGUCCACAGCCUUCUCCUUCCAGACGCAGCUCGUCUCCAUCAUGGAUGCGCUGUCCAAAACAGCUGUGAUGGAAAUAAGCAAACUCGUUGAGAUUGAAUCCAAGAUGUUGAAAAUAGAAAUAACAAGAGGGCGAAAUGAGAUCGCUUCUCUCACGGAGAAGCUGCAGCUGAUGGAGAAGUUGCUCUACAUGGCACAGGGGCGCAGACACGACUCAGCAGCAGCAUGCUCACAGUUGAGAGAGGCUUCAGGAAAUAAAGCAUUCUUGUCUUCAGACAACUCAAAUGCAUUCAAUAGCAGUGGAACCAAAUGGGAAAACAUAAGAUCCUCAACUGAGAUGAACAGUUUGCACCUAAGUGAUGAGCACACUUCAACUGAACUUCCAAACCCACCGAAUGACUUGUCUGAGCUGAUAGUGAUUAAAGAGGAACCAUUAGAGGUGGAUGACAAUAACACUGAACAAGGCGGAACAAAUGAAACAAGAGAGGAUACACUCAUAGACACCCAAAAGGCUCCGGAUGUGAUGCAGCAUCCUAAAUCCAUUCCAGGACACCAGCAGCCUCUUUUCACCAAUUGCUUUGUGAGUUUAAGCUCCCAACAGCCUCGCACUGACUCCAGGAGACAAGAGAUGCAGGGGAAUCCACAACUAGCACCUGCACACGGACCCCAACAGGACGGGAAACACGUGGCUCAAAAUGUUGCCUCCCAAAACUUCAGUGCACCCAGGAAUGUGAAGCUUCAUGGUUUUAGGAACUCGUCUGCAAAGAGGUUUGGCUGCGUGCAAUGUGGCAAGAGUUUCAGAUGCUUCAGCCAGCUUGAAAUUCACCAGAGAAGUCACACAGGCGAGAAGCCAUUCAGAUGCACGCUCUGCGGAAAGCGCUAUGCCCAGAAAGGGCACCUGUACACACACCAGCGCACACACACCGGGGAAAAGCCCUAUCGCUGCACUACUUGUGGAAAGGGUUUUAUCCAGAAGUGCACCCUCGACAUGCAUCAGCGCACGCACACGGGAGAAAAACCUUUUGUUUGUGUCAGCUGUGGCAAAGGUUUCACAAAAAAUUGUAACCUGAAAAAACAUCUAAGUGUGCAUCUAGAUCCUGGACUGAACAUUUAUGGUGGAGAGUCAUUUAGUGGAACAAUUAUACACAGAACGACAUAAAACGCUAAUUACCAAUAUUUGUAUCCCAUCUUCAUUCUGGUUUAAACUGCUAAUGGAAAAUAAAGUUUACUUGGCUUAAGAUAAGAGUUUGUGUCUGACUGUGCAUAUUUUGAACACACCAUAGCUUUCUUGGCUUCAAAAUGUACCCAUUCACCCAUUUUCUCUGCAAAACGUCCAAAUCUGAUGUUACUGCAGAAAGCUAAUAAACAAUUUUAAUAGUCUGGCAAAACUACAAAUGAAGACUGGACUACAACUCUGUUUCUAGCAACGGAGGGUUUCUGUGUAUAAUAAAACCUCUAUACAAUAACCAUGACCUGCACAGAUAAAGAGCGAAAAGGGCUGGCACACAACGAAAAGG